AGUUGGAAAGACAAGACACGAACCUCUGUGUCUGGUUUCUUGUUCGUGAUUUGUUGAAACCUCGUCACCCUCGCUGUUAGGUUUCCUUUGCCACUGUCUCUGUGGAGGGUCGCAAUGCUGCGAUUUGAUAUCUGAAACCGCAAAACAAAAACAAAGAUGGCAUUUUGGUGCAGCAGACUCACCCAAUCUAAGCUCAGGCAAUUAGCCCAUCACUCCAAGACCAUUCCUUAUGCUUCUUCUCUGCUUAACCCCACUGCUUCCAAGCCAUGCGUUUCAGACAACCCAUUGAUCUCUCACCCUGAUUUUAUUUUUGCCAGUAAAGUUAGGUUCUUUGCUGCCCCAGUUCAGGCAAAUGCAAAUGCAAAGAAGACAGAGCAGGGCACGAGUGGUCCGCGGUUGAAUGAGCAUAUCAGAGCCAAUGUUGUUAGGCUUGUUAUGGGCGAAGAACAUUUUAUCAUCUCAAAGAGUGAAGCUCUGGAACGUGCCAGGAAUCUUGAGCUUGAUUUAGUCGAGGUUCAGGGCACAGCUAAUCCUCCUGUUUGUAAAAUCAUGGAUUACCAUAAAGAGAAGUAUAAAAAAGAAACAAGGGAGAAAGAGCAGAUUAAAAUCAAGUCUAAGGAAGUUAAGACUUUGCGUGCAGAUACUAAGGAAGUCAAGUUUUCUCCAAAGACUGAGGCAAAGGAUCUCAAGAUGAAAGCAGACAUGGUGAAGAGAUUUAUGGACAAGGGUUACCGGGUGAAGUGUACUGCCUCGGAUUCUGAGGGUCGGGACUUGGGAGCAGUUUUCUCUCGUCUCAUUGCGCUGAUAGAAGACACAGCGUAUAUUGAAUGUGAACCUACGGUAGGAAGAGGAAAAGAGUCAUUCAUAAUGGUCAGGCAUGUGAAGUUUGGCCCACCAAAGAGUGGUGGGAAAAAAACAAAGGCUGAAAACAAAAAAAGCCCUGAGAAGGGUAGUGGUGAUGGUAUUGGGGUUACUACCAGAGCAGACACAGUUCCACUUCCUCCACAAGAAUCUUCUGGUGUGGCUGAAAAUAGGUACAGAAAUACUGAGGUUUCACCAACAAGAGAAAUGGAUAGUAAGAGAGAAACUCCCAAUAACAGAGAAAUCCCAAUUUCACAUUUCUCACCAUCAAUGAGAGAGCAGCAUAUUCCAUAUCAAAGGAGAGAAGCACCUACAAACGUGCACUUCUCAUCGCCAACAAGAGAAACCAACAGAGCUGCUCCAUCGGCAUUUAGAAACUCUGCUCAGCUUCCUAACAGUAUUCCCAAGCAAGAACCAUCUAAUCCUAAUCCUCCCCGUUCUGCAGGACUCAAGCAAGAACCAUCUAGUCCUAAUCCUCCUCGUUCUCGUCCUCCAGGACUUGGUUAUGGGAUAUUUAGCACCCCAACUGGUAAUGGUUCCGCAAAACAAGGUGUGUCGGAAAGGUUUCCGGCAAAUCCAAACUCACCAAGUUCAAGGCCUUAUAGUAGCCAAAGACCAGGAACAGACAUUGGUAAGGAUGGACGGGGGUUGGGGAAUCUUUGGUAGAGAGCGCUCUAAAACACUAGCCGGCCAAACUAAAGAUGCAGACAUAUUAUAAUGCAUGUUUAGACGAUUAUUUGGAGAAAUAUCUUGCUGUAUGUGCCAAUAAUUAUUUGUCACUGUUAAUCCUGAGAGUUGUGCCCCUUUUGAAAAUUGCAUCUUUAUGCCUUUAGUAUGCAAGGGGUCUAAUGAGAUUUUGAUC